GGUCACCCUCACAGCACUGCUGUCACCUGUAGGCUGACAGGAUACGAGCCGUGGCCAUGCCUCGUAGCCCAACGUCGAGCGAGGAUGAAAUGGCACAAAGCUUUUCUGACUACUCUGUGGAGUCUGAGUCAGACAGCUCCAAAGAGGAAACUAUUUAUGACACAAUCAGAGCAACUGCAGAGAAGCCAAGCAGCAGGAUGGAGGACAGUCAGAGCAACACGCUGGUGAUUCGGGUUAUCAUACCUGACCUGCAGCAAACGAAAUGCAUCAGGUUUAACCCAGAAGCUUCAGUGUGGGUUGCAAAGCAACGAAUUUUGUGCACUUUGAACCAGAGUUUGAAAGAUGUCCUGAAUUAUGGACUGUUCCAGCCUGCAAGCAAUGGCAGAGAUGGGAAGUUUCUGGAUGAGGAGCGACUCCUGAGGGAAUACCCACAGCCAGUGAAUAAAGGAGUUCCUUCACUGGAGUUUCGCUACAAGAAGAGAGUGUACAAACAGCUCAACCUGGAUGAGAAGCAGCUGGCCAAGCUCCACACCAAGGCUAAUCUGAGAAAAUUUAUGGAUCACGUUCACCACCUCUCAGUGGAAAAAGUCACAAAGAUGUUGGACCGAGGACUGGACCCAAACUAUCAUGACCUGGAAAGUGGAGAAACACCCCUGACUCUGGCAGUCCAGCUUGACAAUACAGUAGAAGUAAUAAAAGCUCUAAGAAAUGGAGGAGCACAUUUGGACUUCAGAGCCAGAGAUGGAAUGACAGCUCUGCACAAAGCUGCCCGAGCCAAGAACCCAGCAACCCUCAAGACCCUCUUAGAGCUCGGAGCAUCUCCUAACUACAAAGACAGCUGUGGGCUGACAGCUCUGUACCACACUGCUGUGGUGGGAGGGGAUCCUUACUGCUGCGAGCUCUUGCUGCACGAGCAUGCCGCCGUCAGCUGCAGGGAUGAGAACGGCUGGCAGGAAAUCCAUCAGGCCUGCCGGUACGGACAUGUCCAGCACCUGGAGCACCUCCUCUUCUACGGCGCGGACAUGGGCGCUCAGAACGCCUCGGGGAACACCGCGCUGCACGUCUGUGCCCUCUACAACCAGGAGAGCUGUGCAAGAGUGCUGCUGUUCCGGGGAGCCAACAAGGAGAUGAAGAAUUACAACAGCCAAACUCCAUUUCAGGUGGCUAUAAUAGCAGGAAACUUUGAGCUUGCUGAAUAUAUCAAGAACCACAGGGAAGCUGAUAUUGUGCCCUUCAGGGAGGCUCCCACCUACUCCAACAGGAGACGGAGACCUCCGAGCACCUUGGCAGCACCUCGGAUCCUGCUGCGUUCCAACAGCGACAACAAUCUCAACAUCAACAACCUCCCCGAGUGGUCAGCCUCCUCCUCUGCUUCCUCACACCGCAGCCUUUCACCUCACCUGCUCCAACAGAUGCAGAAUAAUCCCAAUGGAACUGUAAAAACUGUGGGCAGUUACCCUGCGUCCUCCAGGAGCCGCUCCCCAUCCCUCAACCGGCUGGGAGACGAUGGCAAGCGGCAGCAGCACAGGCACAUCAGUGCUGUGUACAGCCCCGGUGCCAACAAGGAUUCGCUCUCUGCCUUGGACUAUCAGGGUCCCAAACGCAAGCUUUACAGUGCUGUACCUGGGAGACUUUUUAUUGUUGUAAAGCCAUAUCAGCCUCAAGGAGAAGGGGAAAUUCAUCUGCACAAAGGAGACAGAGUCAAAGUGCUGAGCAUUGGUGAAGGUGGAUUCUGGGAAGGCAGCGCCCGGGGCCACACUGGAUGGUUUCCUGCCGAAUGCGUGGAAGAGGUCCAGUGUAAACCAGGUGAAAGCAAAGCAGAAACACGAACAGAUAGAACAAAGAAGCUGUUCAGACACUACACAGUGGGAUCUUAUGACAGCUUUGAUGCUUCAAGUGACUGCAUAAUAGAAGAAAAGGCAGUGGUCCUGCAGAAAAAGGACAAUGAAGGAUUUGGAUUUGUGCUCAGAGGGGCAAAAGCUGACACACCAAUUGAAGAAUUCACCCCAACUCCAGCCUUUCCUGCUUUGCAGUACUUGGAAUCUGUGGAUGAAGGGGGAGUAGCAUGGCAAGCUGGCCUGAGAACUGGAGACUUUUUGAUCGAGGUUAAUAAUGAGAAUGUAGUGAAAGUUGGCCACAGGCAGGUGGUGAACAUGAUUCGCCAAGGGGGCAACCACCUCGUCCUUAAGGUCGUCACAGUAACCAGGAAUCUUGAUCCAGAUGACACAGCUAGAAAGAAAGCCCCACCACCUCCUAAGCGAGCUCCAACCACUGCACUGACCUUGCGGUCUAAGUCAAUGACCUCAGAGCUUGAAGAGCUUGUGGACAAAGCUUCAGUACGGAAGAAGAAGGAUAAGGUGGAUGAAAUAGUUCCAGUUUCCAAGCCAUCAAGAAUUGCAGACAAUGCAACUGUGGACUCCAGAGUGGCAACUAUUAAACAGCGGCCUUCUAGUAGAUGUUUCCCUUCAGCUACAGAUAUGAAUUCCAUGUAUGAGAGACAGGGUAUUGCUGUGAUGACGCCCACUGUACCAGGGAGUCCUCAAGGUCCUUUUCUGGGUAUACCUCGGGGUACAAUGAGAAGACAAAAAUCCAUAGGUAAAAUGCUUCUCAUGUAUAGAAUAACAGAGGAAGAACGACAGUUCUUGGCUCCUCCUAUGCUGAAGUUUACCAGAAGUCUUUCGAUGCCUGACACCUCUGAAGAUAUCCCACCACCACCGCAGUCCUUACCUCCUUCACCACCGCCACCUUCUCCCUCUCUCUACAACUCUCCCAAAUCCCCAACGUCAAGGAGCUAUGGAACUAUCAAACCUCCCUUUAAUCAGAAUUCAGGUUCAAAAAUCGCUUUGGUGAGGCCCGAGAACAUAGGGACAAUGAUUAGGGACAAAGGGAUCUACUUCAGACGAGAGCUGGACCGAUACUCCCUGGACUCUGAGGACCUGUACAGCCGGAGCGCCGCAGCUCAGGCCAACUUCAGGAAGAGAGGCCAGAUGCCAGAGAACCCCUACUCCGAGGUGGGGAAGAUCGCCAGCAAGGCUGUGUAUGUGCCAGCCAAGCCGGCGAGGCGAAAGGGGAUGCUGGUGAAGCAAUCCAAUGUGGAAGACAGUCCAGAAAAGACCUGCUCCAUUCCCAUCCCAACCAUUAUCGUGAAAGAGCCAUCCACCAGCAGCAGCGGGAAAAGCAGCCAAGGCAGCAGCAUGGAAAUCGACCCUCAGUCUUCAGAGCAACCCGGGCAACUCCGACCUGACGACAGCUUGGGUGUCAGCAGCCCGUUUGCGGCAGCCAUUGCUGGAGCUGUGAGGGACAGGGAAAAGAGGCUGGAAGCAAGGCGUAAUUCUCCGGCUUUCCUUUCCACUGACCUGGGAGAUGAGGACGUUGGACUGACGCCGCCGACGCCGCGGAUGAGGCAAUCGAAAUUCACCGAUGAAGCAAUGUUUAGCAGCGAAGAUGGUUUCAGACAGCUGAUGUCACCAUCUCCAAUUCCUGCCCCUAGGGAGCCUGAAAAUCUUUUUAAUAGCAGUGAGCCCAGCAGUCAAAGUGAUCCAAGGACAUUGAACGCUUCAUCCAAAACGAAAGGUACUGAGAACAGCACAGUGGCAGCUAAGCCCAGCAACGCGCCCAGCCCAGAGAGCUACGUACACCCGGUCACGGGGAAGCUGCUAGAUCCAAACUCCCCGCUAGCCCUCGCUCUCUCUGCCAGGGACAGAGCCAUGAAAGAACAAACGCAGCAGAUUCCAGGCAAAGGGGACACUGUUAAAGCUGACCUUAACAAACCACUUUACAUCGAUACGAAGCUGAGACCCAACAUUGAGACAACUUUUCCCGUCACUGCGACUGUCAGCAGGCAGAACACUCGCGGCCCAUUGAGAAGGCAGGAGACUGAGAACAAGUACGAGGCGGAUGUGGGGAAGGAGAAGAAACCAGAGGAGAAGAAGAACAUGUUGAUAAACAUUGUGGAUACCUCGCAGCAGAAGUCUGCUGGCUUGUUAAUGGUUCACACCGUAGACACGGCCAAAUCAGAUGAUUCACCUGAAGAUGAAGAGGAGAAGACAGCCGAGAUGGAGCCGAACCCUGAAGACUACCCAGCAGAGAGGCCGGAGGGCAGCGAGGAAGUGGAGGGCGAGCUGAAUGUGCCUGCCGUGCCCGAGCCCCCGGCAUCUCCCUGCAAAACCAUGGUGGCGGCGAGCUCCGUCGACGACCCUGUCAUCCUGCCCUUCCGCAUCCCCCCGCCGCCCUUGGCCUCGGUGGACAUCGAUGAGGAGUUCCUGUUCACCGAGCCGCUGCCACCCCCCUUAGAGUUCGCCAACAGCUUCGACAUCCCCGACGACCGCGCGGCUCCCGGCACGGCUCUGACGGACUUGAUGAAGCAGCGGAAGAACGGCACGCCCGCCCCUGCGCCCUUUGCCCCUGGCCAGCCAGCAAACUCCUUGGACAGUAAAAAGCAAGUGGGUCUCUCAAACUGUUUGCCUGCCUCCUUCCUGCCACCCCCUGACAGCUUUGAUAAUGUCACUGACUCUGGCAUCGAGGAGGUGGACAGUCGGAGUAGUAGUGACCAUCACUUAGAGACAACCAGCACUAUCUCAACAGUGUCCAGCAUCUCCACCUUGUCCUCGGAGGGGGGUGAGAACGUGGAUACUUGUACAGUCUAUGCAGAUGGGCAAACAUUUCUGGUGGACAAGCCCCCAGUACCUCCUAAGCCAAAAAUGAAGCCCAUAAUCAACAAAAGCAAUGCACUUUACAAGGACGCGCUGAUCGAGGAGACCGUGGACAGCUUCGUGAUCCCUCCUCCCGCGCCACCCCCACCUCCGGUCAGCGUGCAGCCCAACGCCCCCAAAGUUGCUCCCCAAAGGACAUCUAAGCUGUGGGGCGACGUGCCGGAGGUGAAAAGCCCGAUCCUCUCAGGCCCCAAGGCUAACGUUAUUAGUGAGUUGAACUCAAUACUGCAGCAGAUGAACAGAGAGAAGUCCUCAAAGCCAGGGGAAGGACUGGAGUCGCCGACGGGAACCAAAACUGCCAGUCUCAGUACAAGGAGCACAGAAGUCAUGAGCACUGUCUCAGGUACACGAAGUACAACAAUCACUUUCACUGUCCGGCCUGGAAGCAGCCAGCCCAUCACCCUGCAGAGCAGGUCCCCAGACUACGACAGCAGGACCUCAGGAGCAAGACAUGCUCCAAGCCCUGUGGUUUCACCAACAGAGAUUAAUAAAGACAUCCUGCCUGCUCCUCUGAGUGCUUCUGCUUCAGCUUCAUCUCCUUCUCCAACUCUGUCCGAUGUAUUUAGCCUACCCAGCCAACCCCCAUCCGGGGACUUAUUUAGCCUGACCACAGGGCGCAGCAGGUCUCCUUCUCCCUCGAUACUGCAACAGCCAAUCUCAAAUAAGCCUUUUACAACUAAGCCUGUCCACCUGUGGACUAAACCAGACGUGGCAGAUUGGUUGGAAAGUCUAAACUUAGGUGAACAUAAAGAAACAUUUAUGGACAAUGAAAUAGAUGGCACUCAUUUACCAAAUCUACAGAAGGAAGAUCUGAUAGACCUUGGAGUGACUAGAGUUGGGCACAGAAUGAACAUAGAAAGAGCUUUGAAGCAGCUGCUGGACAGAUAA